UUUAAGUAGGAUAUGUACGAGUAUCCUACCCGUGGCCUACCCCAUAUCCCAUCUCAUAUAAGGGGUCAAUGGCACCAGCCAACCGGCACAGCGGCGAUAUAUAACUCGGCGUUGCCUCGGUGGAGGCACACUCCGCAGCAGCCCUGGACAACAACAUGGCUAAACUCGCAACCAUCUCUGUUGCUUUCCUCCUCCUCCUGGCGUUAUCGCACGCCGCGCCGGCCGAAAAACCGGCACAGAAAGACGACCUCGAGGCCCCAGCGGAAAAGGGGGACCUCAAGGCCGCGGCCUCGCACUGGGGUGGAUGGGGCGGCUACGGGGGCCACUUGGGCGGCUACGGUGGCUACGGCGGCUACGGCGGCUAUGGCGGCUAUGGCGGCUACGGCGGCUGGCCGUACUACGGUAGCUACUACAGCUGGCCGAGCUACGGAUACGGAUGGCCGUACGGUGGAUACGGAGGCUGGGGUGGUUACGGCGGGUGGGGAUACGGAAACCAUGGCUAUUGGUGGUAAAGAGUAAAAUAAGUUUAAAGUGUGCAAUAUUGUAAACAACGAAUUUAACAUGGAUAC